GGAAUCGCUCGUGCUGCUCUUCAGAGUUGAGGGAGCACCCCAAGUGGCGACAAUUCUUUUGGUUUUUCUUUCAUUUUCUUUCUUUAUUUUUUUGGCGUCUCAGUUUGUCGGCUCGUGAGCUGAGCGCAGGAUGUGCGUGCGUUGGCGGCGGCGUCGUCGUCGGACGGGUUCGGUUCGGGUUCCGGGGGGCACCUGCUGCUGCUGCGGCCGGGAAUGAAGCGCGUUUGUCGGCGUGUGUCGGUGGCCACGGCUGUGCUGGUGUGGCUCGGGGCGCUCGUUUACCUGCUGGUGCUCAGCCGGAGGAGGCUGCCCGAGCUCGGCGUGGCUGCCGCGGCCGGUGCCGGUGCCGGGGCGGGAUUGGAACAAACCAAGCAGAUGUCGGAGAGCGAGUGGGAGGACAUGCUGGACGGCUUCGACGAGCGCGGCUACCUGAGCGCCCGACGCUGGCGGCCCGGCGAUGACCCGUACACGCUGUACGCAUUCAACCAGCGGGAGAGCGAACGCAUCCCUAGCAACCGAGUGCUCAGCGACACGCGGCACCACAGGUGCAGCACGUUACACUAUGACGCCAACCUUCCUCCGACUUCCAUCGUCAUCACCUUCCACAACGAGGCUCGCUCCACGCUGCUGCGCACUGUCAGGAGUGUGUUAAACAGAACUCCUGUUCAUCUCAUCCAUGAGAUCAUUCUGGUGGACGACUUCAGCGAUGACGGGAGUGACUGUGAGCUUCUCACCAAAUUGCCUAAAGUCAAAUGUCUACACAACAGCAAGAGAGAAGGUCUGAUCCGGUCCAGAGUUGGCGGUGCCGACGCGGCGAGCGCGAAGGUGCUGGCGUUCCUGGACAGUCACUGCGAGGUCAACAAGGACUGGCUGCCCCCCCUCCUUCACAGGAUCAAACAGGACCCGACCAGAGUGGUUAGCCCCGUCAUCGACAUCAUCAACAUGGACACCUUUGCGUACGUGGCCGCCUCCGCUGACCUACGAGGAGGUUUUGAUUGGAGUCUUCAUUUUAAGUGGGAGGGACUAUCUCCUGAGGAGAAGGAUCGCCGCACUGAUCCCACUUUGCCAAUCAAGACGCCCAUCAUCGCCGGCGGCCUCUUUGUGAUCGACAGCUUGUGGUUCAAGCACCUGGGCAAGUACGACACGGCCAUGGACAUCUGGGGCGGGGAGAACUUCGAGAUCUCCUUCCGGGUGUGGCAGUGCGGCGGAAGCUUGGAGAUCAUUCCGUGCAGCCGCGUGGGUCACGUGUUCCGGAAGAAACAUCCGUACGUCUUCCCGGAGGGCAACACCAACACGUACAUCAAGAACACACGGCGCACCGCCGAGGUUUGGAUGGACGACUUCCGCCUCUUUUACUACUCAGCUCGGCCGGCAGCUCGAGGAAAAUCAUACGGAGACAUACGAGGACGCGUGGAGCUCAGACGCAAGCUCAAGUGCAAGUCCUUCAAGUGGUACCUGGACCACGUCUACCCGCAACUCAAAGUUCCCGACGACUCUGACUGGCAGUCCGGUGUGAUCCGACAGAGGCGGAACUGCUUGGAGACUCGCCACGUGGACGGCCAGGAGACUCCCGUCCUCAUGUUGGCGCCGUGCGUGGAAAAGGACGGCGUCCCCGCCCGCUACCAGGAGUGGCUCUACACUGCAGGCCAACAGAUCCGACAGCAACACGACGCCAACGACGACGACAACAAAUGCGUGUCCGUUACCACGACGUUCCCGGCGUCGCAGAUUCUGCUGCUGACCUGUGACAUGGACGACGCAAACCAGCGCUGGCAGAAGUCGGGCACCCACCUGGAGCACGCGCCGUCUCGCUUCUGCCUAGAUUCGGCCAUGGCGCUGGACGGGCUGGACUCGUCUCGCAUGCUGGUGAUCAGCCCGUGCGAGCUGGGCGCCUCCACGCAGCGGUGGGACGUCCCCUUCUCCUGACCCGCCCCAAACUCGCCCGCCCGAACGUGAUCUGGCUCCCCUCGCAUAGAACGUGCGCCGGUCCGUUUGAGGCGGAAGCCAACCGUUUGCCCCAAAGCCUCAAGACUCGACUGCUGUGGGAACUGGGCUUUCACUUGGAUAGUGCAGGGGUUCUCACACUGGGGGUUCGUGAGCUCGGAUCGGAAUUGUUUUUUGAAGCGUUCUCUGUUGCCAUGCUGACGCAAUUACCCCCCCAAAAUUCGGAAAAUAUGUCAGAUUGAAAAUGAAUGGGAUACCAGCGACCACAUGAGUUUUAUCAAGCUGCGCAAAUCUGGCUUUCAGACGUGCAAGAGUCAGCAGGCCCGUUCAAAAUUCCCCCGGGAAUUUUCUAGUUCACGUCUUAUCAUUUAAAAAAAAAAAAAAAAAAAAUCUAUCUUUGAUCUAUAUAUGGGCACUGGCCCGCCAAUAAGACAUACUAACCUCUGCUUUAGGCCAAUUAAACGCUCUCAUAUGAUGGUGACCUAUCGUCACAUCUGACAAAUCUGGCAUCCUUGCAUCAAUUAAGUUUUUUUCAUAGAACAAAAGCUGUAUUAUUACAGGAAUAAGGUCCUAUUUUUCUGAAAAUGUACGACCACUCUAUCACCUGUGAGCCAUGACUGCUUUGUGGACAAAAGACACCAAGUGAACCUUAAAACUCUUCUGUUGUUUACUUAUUGUUUGGCUACACCCAACAGACACAACAUUAAGUGCACAUCCAUCCAUCCAUUUUCUGACGUGCUUAUCCCCGGGGAUCAAUACAAGGCCAAAAUAAAUGCAACAACAAUUUGUGUUGCAGAUGUACCUAAAGUUGUGUCUUGUGUAUUAGUGUGUUGUUUGCACAAAGCACACGUCAGCUUGUUGUUGUCUAUUAACGUGCACUUCUCAGCAUGACACACACACACACACACACUUCAAAUUUCAAGCAACUAUGUUUGGUUUUCAUUGGCGCCAUCUUGUGGUACCAAAGCUUGAUAGCGACUCACUUGAUUGGUGUGUAGUGGGCCUUACCCAAACCGCACACGCACACAACUACACUUAAUAGGGCUGGGCGAUAUGGUCUUAAAAUAAAAAAUACAAUUUAAAAGCAAUUCUCAAAAAUGAGACUUCAUCAAUUUUGACUUAUAUUGUCACCAAAGGUUUACCAUAGAUCCCUUCCAAAGAUGGCGGCCAGUGUACACACACGCUCUUGUUGGCAGAUUGGGUUACGUGUGCGUAUUGGGUAAGCACGAGCAGGCUUGUGUAGAACAUGCAUAUCAUCGUGGACUGUGAGAGAAGAUUGCACAUGAAGUGAGGUGAUGAACUCUUCUUGUGUGUCGUCGCUGUGCUGUGCAUGUUUUGUGUGUCUCACACAAUCUUUGUACUUUGAUGAACUGUAUUACAACAUUUUACCGUGUUAAAAGAAGCUGAGCGACAGGAAGUGUGCUCUUCUGUUUGUUUGACGCCUUAUUUUCAUCUUAAUAAAGUUUUUAUAACGA